ACGCCUCAAAUCAAACCCCAAGGCAAACCCGCAGUCCUCCCACCUCGCGCCCCCAAAUCCGAUCUCGCGCCUCCACCUCCGCCGAAAUCGCCAUGGCGCCCAAGGCCGAGAAGAAGCCCGCAGCGGAGAAGAAGCCGGUGGAGACGGAGAAGAAGCCCAAGGCCGAGAAGCGCGUGCCCGGCAAGGACGGCGGCGCCGACAAGAAGAAGAAGAAGGCCAAGAAGAGCGUCGAGACCUACAAGAUCUACAUCUUCAAGGUCCUGAAGCAGGUGCACCCCGACAUCGGCAUCUCCUCCAAGGCCAUGUCCAUCAUGAACUCCUUCAUCAACGACAUCUUCGAGAAGCUCGCCGGUGAGUCGGCCAAGCUCGCGCGCUACAACAAGAAGCCCACCAUCACCUCCCGGGAGAUCCAGACCGCCGUCCGCCUCGUCCUCCCCGGCGAGCUCGCCAAGCACGCCGUCUCUGAGGGCACCAAGGCCGUCACCAAGUUCACCUCCUCUUAGAUCUCCAGCCGCCGCGGAGUCUCUGUUAAUUUUGGUCUUGUCUGCUUUAUUCGUGUGGCAAACAAACAUUAUAGUGGGUUGGAUCUCCCUAUGAAACAGUGUAUAAUGAGUCGGAAUUGCUGAAUUAAUGAAACAUCUAGUGGUUGUUUCAGACGUGGAUUGCUUCA